UUAAUAAAUGCUGGGAACUUUCAGAAAGUCCGGCCAUGGCGACGAUUUCUCAGAUACCUUUCUCUCUCUCCUUCCCUUCUCUCGAAUUUCGGAAACCAUUGUUAUACUAUCAUCGCCAUCAUCAACCUCAACUUUUUGUUUCGUACUUGAAUUACACGAAGAAGAAGCAUAGUUUUGUCUGUUUCGCUUGUUCCAUCAAACAAACCAGAGUUCGUAAGAGAGUGAAGAGCAAUGAGGAGCUUCGGAGUGAGAUUAUGGAGUUCGUUGCUUCAGCUGGGCUUCCUCAAGGUCACGUGCCGUCCAUGAAGGAACUCUCCGCACAUGGAAGAGUUGAUCUUGCCAACAUCGUCAGACGAAGAGGAUAUAAAUUCAUCAAGGAACUUGUUGCAAACUCUGAUACGGAAGACUGUAACGAGCUAGUCUCUGAGAAUAAUACCAACACUGAAACAGAAGGUCAGGGCGAAGAAGCACUGGAUGUUGUUGACGGAAACUUGUCUACUGAACUACCUUCGAGCCGUGAAGUAUACUUAACUGCAACAGAUGGAAGACUGCCUCUUGAUCAGGAAAAUGAUAGUUUCUCUGAAGAAGUAGUUGUCACAGAUUCAAGUAACGAGGCUGAAGAACAAGCAAGUUUGAGUAAAGAUGAAUUUAUAUCCUCUUCGUCUGACGAUGGAGUUUUGAGCUUGGAAAACUCCCUUUCUAACUUGGGUGACAGUAAUCAUUCAGGAGAAAUCACAGAAAACAAUUUUAAGGUUGAGAGCGUGGAGCUCAAUGAGAGAGCUGACAUUGAAAACUCUUCCUCGGAAGCUUCAAUAUCUGCAAACUAUUCUCAAGUUUUAGAUGAUACUUCAAGCCGUCCUACUGACGCAGAAGCUGGCAAUGUUUUGAUGACAGAGGAUGAGAAGCUCAACGGUGUGGACAAAGAUUUCUCUCUUACGUUUGAUCAUUACACCAGUCCUACCUAUAAUCAUUACACCAGUCCAGAUCUUAGUUACACCAAACAUGUUGACAUUGCUUCUGGAUCCUCGUAUGAUUUGACCUCGGAGAAUACCAUGGCAAAUGCAGAGAAUUUUCAGAAUCAGCAGAUUGACGAUAUGGCUGAAAAUCGUUCUGGUAGUGCUGAUGAUAGUUUAGUUGAGUCUGAGGAUAAGGAUUGGAUGUCAGGACUCUCUUCUUCCACUUCAAGCAUAGAAGAAAAAACAACCAGAUUUAUACAGAAUGGAUACUUGGAUACAGUUGAUGAUGAUGAAAAUGGCAUACCUAAUGAAAGCUGUCCUGAAGACACUAAAGAAGGUGUAGAAACAACCAAAGGUGGUGCGUACAUAGGAGACAGUUAUGGUGGUCAGAGAAGUAUCAGUAUGCCACCAAAUGGAAGUGCCUUAGCAUUGGAGGAGGUUACCCAUGCUAAAGAACUUAAUAGCUCUGACAGGAAUAGUGAUCAGAGAGAUGGGAGUGCUGACCUGGACACGGAUUCACAUGAUGAGACCAUGAAACGGGAAAAUCAGGUUGAAAUUGAUCGGCUGAGGUUCAUGCUGCAUCAAAAAGAGCUGGAGUUGUCAAGGCUGAAAGAGCAGAUUGAAAAGGAAAAGCUGUCUCUUUCAGUUCUCCAAAGACAGGCCGAAACAGAGAUCCAAAAGGCCCAAAUGCUUAUCUCAGAGAAGGAAGUUGAAUUGCGAGAUGCUGAGGAAAGUCUUUCAGGAUUGCAAGAGGUUGUGAUUGAAUAUUGUGGAGAUGGUAAUGUUGUGGAAGUGACUGGUAGCUUCAAUGGGUGGCAACACCGAGUGGGAAUGGAGCUACAAGCAUCCAAGUCAAUCGGGAAACAGAAAUGCUGGUCGACAUUACUGUGGUUAUAUCCCGGUACAUAUGAGAUUAAGUUCAUCGUGGACGGGCAAUGGAUAACGGAUCCUCAAAAAGAUUCGGUUACAAGAGGGCACAUCACAAACAACAUUCUCAUAGUAGACAGCUGAUGAUCUCUUGCUUUUACUGAUUUUUCGAGUCGAAUUCACUCCAGAUAAUCGGUGCAGGCUUAAACAGGGGAAAAGGAGCAGAGUAAAUCAUUUCAAAGUUUUAUUUUAGCCUCUUCAAUUAUUUCAAAUCUAGGAUGUUUUGCUUUCAUUCUUUAAGGCUUAGGGAUAGACUCUGUACAAAAUUGUAAUUUAAGGUAAAAUAAUACAUUAAUAAGGGUUCAAGUCCCUUAGAACGCAACAUAAGCAUCAGGCUUAUAAACCGUUGAAGACAAAAUGUGUAAAAACAGAGAACCCUUAUGGGUUACUUUCCUACCAA